CGAACCAUGAUGGUAUGCAAGCCUUCAACGCAUCGUUGCCAAGUUGGUACGCAAACCGUGUCCACUAGAAUUCGCCCACGGCAGAACCUUUUCCAAGCUUGGUCACCGUCCGUGUCCGAAAAAUUCUCUCGCCAAGGAUCACCACUGUCCAAAACCCUAGGACGAGGAACGGAAGUUGGUGGGAUCGAUCCAACCCGCGAGCUGACACUCCCGAGCUAGAAUCCGCAAGGAUUUCCUUUGAACACGUUCCUAGUGGUCGCGUUGAUUGUCAGCUUUCCUAAACUAUAGAAAGAAAUGGGAGCGAACCAGAGCUCUCCCUCUACCGGUUCCGGCAACACGGCAUCACCAGAGCCAACCGUGAGCACGUUCCGUGAUGACGACGACGACAAAGCCGUGACCGAAACUAAAAUGACGUUUCAUAACGAUGACAAGGCCUCACAGCUUUCCGGUGUUCCUCUCAUUGAAUACAAAUGCCGUAAAAAGGAAAAGGCUUGGAAGAAUUGUGUCAAGAACUUUUACACGGAGCAAUUCUUGCCGGGACAGAGUAUGGACCAAGAAACGUACUGUGGAGAAAAAUUUGAAGCGUACCGACGGUGUUACUUGCGAGGUAUGAAAAAGGUGAUUUGGGAUAAAAAGGGCACCAAAGCCACGGAUCAUUCUUUUUUAGCCGAAUUUGAAGACGAAGAAGACGAAUAGAACGUACGCGAGGCGGAUGGGUGUUCGAUACGUUGCUCGUUCACCGUCACUAUUGUUCACAGUCAAUCACCUGCCGUCGUCUCACAGUCGCUCUACGGAAGCUCAAUUUUGUACAAACAAAUACAUUAACAUAAAAGCAUUGUAUUGCUUUGCG